AUGUUGGAAGAAAGAGGCGACAACUUCGACGGUGUGAGCACCGACCGCCUUAAAUUGAAGUUACCGGAAGAAAUGCACCUGAAGUUAAUCCCGCCACCUGUGCAGCAGAUCCAGUCUACCCUCACCUCCAGGAUAGAACUUGAACAAUUGAUCGAGACACAACUUGAACUAAAUGAUCAACUAGAAAAGCAAAUUGUUUCUCUCAAAGAGAAAAUGGAAAAAAUUUGUGAAAAUCUUUCAGGUAGACUGUCUUCUAUUUGUGUCUAUGAACAGAUGCCAGUGAAAUCCUUAAAUGCAUUGCUUGAACAAUUAGAGAAAGAAAAAAGGAAUCUUGAAAAUCAAGUGAAAGACUAUGCACUGAGACUGGAACAAGAGUCAAAGGUUUCUUACCACAGGACCAACAAUGAGCGCUGUACAUACCUCGCUGAAAUGUCUCAGAUCUCUGGCUCCUACCCAGUUUCUCAAAGGAAACAGAUGGAUCAGCUGCCUAAAAUGAAAGAGAAUAUAGUGAAAACGGUAAGAUGUAAUUAAGUGAAUCAGAAGACAAUGAAUGCCAUGAGAGGACCAGUAAAAAAGAUUUCAAGAUCAAAC